AUGCAGUACUCUGCUAACCUAUUAAGAGUUAUUGCAAAUUUUCGAAACUUGUUAUCACGAGCUCAAAAUUUUGACAACAGUUGUUUAUUACCAAAAACUUACGAUCGUAUUAAGAAAUUUUUUCCAGAGAUGACAAAUUCCUUCAUUUCGCCUGCUGUUCUUCUUGCAAAUACUGAUGAAUCAUCUGGGAACAGUGGCAAGAAAGCAGAUGGAUGUUCACCGAAUGCAGCCAAUAUUCAGCAUUCUCAAUCUCGAGUUCAUGAUAAAUCUCCUUCUCGUUCAACUGAAGUCUAUCCACAGCUUGACAAUAUAUCAAAUGAAUUCAUUGAGGAUCUUGAAUACUAUGAUUCGGAUUCGACAAUGUGUCCCUCGUAUCAGAGUAAAGCCGGCAAGCCAGCUUUUUUUGGACAUGCUGAAUUACUUGCCAUUGCAUGGAACUUUGUGGCUAAUCCGAAUACAACACGAAUUCAAUUGACAUCUAAUAUUCGUAUUUGUAGUGAUUGUCAUCGUACUAUUAAAAUGAUAGCUGCCAUUCGUAAAUGUGAAAUAAUCGUUCGAGAUUCAAAUCGUAUUCACCACUUCUCCACAAAUGGUAAAUGUUCUUGCAAGGAUUAUUUCUAA